AUGGAGGACAGCCUGCCAGAGGAAGAGAUUGGUGAUGCUGGCGCGAGGGCGAUUGCUGAGGCACUCAAAGUGAACGCGACUGUGACCACGCUUGCUCUGGGGAAGAAUCAGAUUGGCGAUGCAGGCGCGCGAACGAUUGCUGAGACACUCAAAGUGAACACGACGCUGACUCAGCUCUUCUUACAGAGGAACCAGAUACGGGAAGGUGGAAUGAACGCGAUUGCUGAAGCACUCAAGGUGAACGCGUCGGUGACUGCGCUCGGUCUUGGUGAUAAUCAGAUUGGCGACGCAGGCGCGCGGGCAAUUGCCGAGACACUCAGAGCGAACACGACGCUGACUUGGCUCAAUCUGUGCCAAAAUCAGAUUGGCGACGCGGCAGCGCAGGCAAUUGCUGAAGCACUCAAAGUAAACACGACGCUGACCAAGCUGUAUCUGUUGGACAUUCAGAUUGGUGAAGCUGGAGCAAAGGCGAUCGCUGAAGCGCUCAAGGUGAACGCGACUGUGACCACGCUUGAUCUAGACAAAAAUCAGAUUGGCGAUGCUGGAGCGCAGGCGAUUGCUGAAGCACUCAAAGUGAACACGACAGUCACUCGGCUCUAUUUGUGGCUGAAUCUGAUUGGCGACGCUGGAGCGCAGGCUAUUGCUGAAGCACUCAAAGUGAACACGACGCUGACUGUGCUCAAUCUGAGCAAAAAGAUUGGCGAUAUUGGAGCGCAAGCUAUUGCUGAAGCACUCAAAGUGAACACGACUCUGACUUGGCUCAAGUAA